CUCUCAGACUCAGACUAUUAUACUCUCUCUUUCUCUCUCCUAUAUCUCUCAUACACAAGGAAACACCUCACAUGCACGGUUAAAGAGGUGGGCGCUAUUGUACAAACCAGAGAGCGCAUCAUCUUUCUUUUAACUCUCAAAAGUUCUCUCUGGUCUUUGUCAUCUAUUUUAGCAGCUUAGCUGUAAAUGCAGCUCGGAUUUUUUUACCUCAUUUUUUGAUGGGGAAGAAGGGAGGCACUUCAUGGUUAACUGCAGUCAAAAGAGCUUUCAGAUCUCCUACUAAAGAUGAUGAUGAAAAGCAGAAGAGAGAAAAGCGAAGAUGGCCAUUCAGGAAACCCACAAACCAAGAAACAGUAGCACAUCAGGAAACCCAGCAACCAAAGCCCACGCCUGACUCCACUGUUGCACCGGCGAUCCAUGAGUCGACAGCGACGGCAGCUGCGGAGCGAAAGCAUGCGCUUGAGGUGGCGGUGGCCACCGCCGAGGCUGCAAUGGCCACAGCCCAAGCGGCGGUGGAGGUGGCUCGGCUGUCCAGGCCUGCUAAUCAAGCUAAACAGCACAAAUCUGCCAUAGUUAUUCAGACAGCUUUUAGGGGAUAUUUGGCGAGGAGAGCACUUCGUGCGCUUAAGGGCUUAGUAAAGUUACAAGCUUUAGUGAGAGGUCAUAAUGUUAGAAAGCAAGCGAAGAUGACUCUUAAGUGCAUGCAAGCACUGGUUCGUGUGCAAUCUAGGGUGCUUGACCAGCGUAUGAGGCUCUCUCAUGAAGGCAGCAGAAAAUCUACAUUCAGUGACACAAACAGCGUUUGGGAGUCGAGGUAUCUUCAAGACAUUUCAGACAGGAAAUCAGUUUCAAGAGAAGUAAGUAGCAUAGCUGAUGAUUGGGACGACAGGCCACACACAGUUGAGGAAGUGAAAGCUAUGUUGCGGCAAAGAAAGGAAGCUGCAAUGAAGCGUGAAAAGACAUUGUCUCAGGCCUUUUCUCAACAGAUUUGGAGGUCUGGUAGGAGCCCAUCAGUUGGCAAUGAAGAUGAGCUCGAAGAGAGACCCAAAUGGCUGGACCGGUGGAUGGCCACAAAGCCAUGGGAUACCCGGGGAAGAGCCUCAACUGAUCAAAGAGACCCCAUCAAAACCGUGGAAAUGGAUACAGCCCAGCCUUACUCAUACUUGGCACCUAAUUCACGGAGACCAAAUCAAAAUCAACAUCAUCAACAACAAAGACCCAGUUCGCCACUCCAUAGAAAUCCCCAAAAUCUGCACCCUCACCACUCCCCUGUCACACCCUCACCAUCGAAAACCCGGCCUAUCCAAGUCCGGUCAGCGAGCCCUCGUUGCUCUAGAGAAGAUAGAAAUUACCCUACAUCUCAAACACCAAGCUUAAGGUCCAACUAUUAUUACAAUGGUAAUGUACAUCCACAUGCUGUCAGGGGUGGGGCAAGUAGUAGUGCAAGUGGUGGUUCUACAUUGCCUAAUUACAUGGCUGCAACCGAGUCUGCUAAGGCUCGCGUGAGGUCUCAGAGUGCACCGAGGCAGAGGCCAUCAACGCCGGAGAGGGAGCGAGUUGGAUCAGCAAAGAAAAGGCUCUCAUUUCCGGCACCACCAGACCCUUAUAGUGUGGGAAUGGGGUAUGGAUGUUAUGGGCAUAACUUGAGGAGUCCAAGCUUUAAGAGUGUUAGUGGAGCACAUUUUGGGUUGGAGCAACAGUCUAACUAUUCAUCAUGCUGCACUGAUAGCUUUGGGGGUGAGAUUUCUCCUUCUUCAACCAGUGACCUUAGAAGGUGGUUGAGGUGAUUAAUGGCGGGUAUUGAUGAUAGGAUAUGAGCUUUGACUUAAUGACUUUUUAAGGUUUUCAAUUUAAUUUGAGUGUGAUAGAUAUGUAGUUCUGAUCAGAAAAGGAGAUACCCAGAUGCAGUUGGGAUUUGGCGUAGGGAGUAGAGUGUGAAGUAUUUAUUGGAUAGGUAGUUGGAAAAUUCAAGUGGUAAUUUUUGUUUCUUUCAUAUUUUUAUUUGAAGUUGAAGAUAAAAGUGAGGUCUAUUGCAUGCUC